AUGCCCAAGCGCGCGCACGAUGCGGUCGACGAUGACCAGGUCGCGGCGGUAGAACUCAGCGAUGGUGAGCCGCAGCCCGAGCGGCAGAUUGCGCUCUGGCGCGCCUCGACCUUUUGCGACGCGACGGUUGUCGUGGAGGGAAGAUCGUUUGCCGCUCACCGACUGGUUCUCGCGAGCUCCGACUUUAUGAGCACGUGUCUGCAGAGCUCGAUGACGGAGCAGACGGGCCGCGUCGAGCUACACGACAUCUCUGCCAGCUCUUUCGAACUCGUGCUCGAGUACCUGUACACUGGAAAGGCGCGCGUUGCGGUGCGCUCGCUGGUUGAGCUGCUCGAGGCGGCAGCGAUGCUGCAAGUGCAGCCGCUCGUGGCUGAGCUGGCGAAGGUGCUCGGGGCGGGCCUGGCGGGCGACAACUGCCUCGAUCUGUGGGCGACGGCGGCGCGACUCGGACUGCCUGCAGUCAAGCCGCUCAAGGCCGCUUGCCUAAAGUUUGCGUGCGAAAGCUUCGCCGAUGUGGUGAGCACCACCUCGUUUUUGUCGCUGAGCUGCCCGCAGCUUGAGUGCCUAAUCCGGGGCCGGCGGGUCCACGCUUCAGAGGAGACGGUCUUUGCGGCGGUCAUCAAGUGGGCGCGCGCUGCUCAGCCUUCGCCGGGAGAGCUGAGCGCGAUCUUGCAGCACAUCCACUUUCGGGACAUGCGCCCGAGCUUCGUCUCGUCGGAAGUUCUGACGGAGCCGUUGGUGGCGGAGCACAUGCAACUUGUGGCAAAGCGCUUGCUCAGCGAUCAGCCGCAGCGGCGCAUCCACCUCGAAGCCACCGGACGCGUUGCCUCUCUCGCCUACACUUGGAAGGUGCCCAGCUUCUCGGUGUCGGGCGACAGCGAGGGCAGAGUGUACUCGCCCAUCUUUCGAUCGGGAGGCGAUGAGUGGCAGCUCAAGCUGAGCAAGGGCGGCGAGGUAGAGGGGUACCUCGGAAUCUUCCUCAUAUGUCCGAAUGCGGUCGGAGACGUCACGGUCAAAGCAGACUUCACGCUAAAACUUCACAACCAGACGCCUCGCAAGUCCGUUCAGAAGUGGGCCGAGCAUGAGUUCAAGCAUACAGCGAAGCCGCAUAUGGGCUGGAUAAACGAAGACUGGGGCUGGCAGAAGUUCAUCGAGCUGGAGAAGCUGAGCGCCGGCUUCCUAGUUGACGACACGCUCACCGUGGAGGUCUCAAUCGAACGCCGCAAUGAAUAG